AUGGAGAGCCGCAGCAAGCGCCACUGCUGGGAGUGCCGCCGACGCUGUCUAGUAUGCGACUUCACAAAACCUGCGUGUAGGAGGUGCUCAGCAGCAGGUGUUGAAUGUCCCGGAUAUAGCCAAGUGAAACCAACAAGGCUCAAAUGGCUCACGCCUGGAAAAGUCACAUCUCGAAGUCGAAGACUAAAGGCAACGUCCCGGCUGGGUGAUACCAAGUCUGACUAUCCCCAAGCAACGGCUAUUGAAACAACAGAAAUUCUCGAUAUGAGGGUCCACGUGCCCCCGUUCAAGAUGAUGACCGACAUAUGCGCCCUUCCGCAAGCUGCCGAGUAUUUCAAUACUUGCAUUUACCCAGAUCUGGUUCCAAUCCACCAAUUCGGACAAAACCCUCAUAUUUACCCUCUCACUGCCAAGCAUCUCCGUGUAGGGGCCACGAUACCGGAGUAUGUCCAGUACGGCAUGGUCUGCAUGACCCUAAGCCAUCGGAUCAACCGCACAAGGACCGACCUGCAAGCCAGCGAGAUCUUGUUAGAGAGGUUCUACCUCUACUGGGGCCUUGCUACCCGCUCCCUCAGUGAAUAUCUCAACGUGGAAAAUGCGCGGACGAGUGACAUGGUGAUUGUGGGUAUAUUGACCCUCUUACUCGCUGACGUUCAGAACGGCACCCUGCUCAAUUGGCAAUGCCACAUGGAAGGUGUCCAUAAAGUGAUCUCGUUACGGGGCGGUUUUCACGCCGUGGCUGGGUCGAAAAGAUUGGAGCCGCUCUUGCUCGUCCUCUGGUCCGUCGCGGUGAUAGGGAACACGACAUGCCCAGUAUCAGACCUCUCCAUGACCGGUGUACAGCUAGAUGCCACAGAGGCCAUCAUGGAACAUUUUGCCAUCUCGGCGUCUCCCUUUCAUAUGUGUCCAUUGCAGUUGUACGGAGAGAUCAUCAGGAUCAACCACCUCCGAGCACGAGUCCUGAUUGCUAAGGCCAGUGAUAUUACGAGCGAAGCGGACGAGAUUUUGGAACGGAUCCACGACUUUUCACCAGAGAAAUGGGCCAAAUCCAAGCCGCAAUUCACGCCGUCGUCAACAGAGGAUUGGAUGCUCCUCGGAAGCGUCCAUCAAUCCGCUGUGGCAAUUUACUGCAUUCUUUCCUUGCAAAGCAUAUCGGUCUUUCCCACAUCCCAAGCCCUGAGAGCUCGCUGCGUCGCGCACCGUCAGAUCCUACAAACGCUCUUGCAGAGGGCUCUGCCAUGUCCAAAAAUGAAGCGGUUCAUAAUCUGGCCUUUGGUACUUCUGGGGGUGGAGGCCGUCCAUGCUGGCACUGAGGUGCGCAACUUCGUUGCGAAACAUUUGCCGCAGCUGAGCCGUGACUUGGGAACUUCCGUACCUCUUACGGCGAAAUAUGUCCUCGAGAGGUUUUGGGGUUCCGGCGAGACGAGGUGGGAUAUGUGUUUCGACAGGCCGUAUGUCUUUACGGCGCAGCUUGCUGUUGACACAAGCAGGCUGGCGGUGUAUGACGAGUGUUGA